AUGUCUGCUCAGGAUGAUACAAAUAGCCACUUGGCUCGCAUCACCGGUGCGCCCAUCAACAUUCCGGAUGCAGAUGAUAUCAGCGGCGGCUUGCCUGAUAUUCUUGACUUGACUUCUGACCAGUACCUCAGUCCCGUCAUGGAUGUCUUGCGUGGAAUUGAUGUGUCACAGCACAUGAGCAAUUGCAUACGCAACGCUAUUCCUGUCAUUGUGAGACAAGGACGAAGCGACACUCAGAUCAAGGAGUCUGAAAGCUUGAACCCAGGCACUACGUCGAAUGGACCACAUCAUGUCGAGCGAGAACAACCUAAGAUCCCAGGCGAACGACUCCUUGAAGCUCUUGCAUAUCGCGCUCAAUUCGACGAGCUUGCCGUCGGAGCCCAUGAUGCAACGAUUGGUCAGCUUGCACCAAUUCGAUAUGAACUUGCCAACACUAUGUCGGAAAUCGAAUCCAAGAUUACUUAUCUUGAGCGCCGUAUCUCAAGCAUCACUGACAUCACCAACGAGUCGGAGAACGCGAUGACCAUGAACACAGGCUCUGUAUCUGCUGGCAAAAAUACUGGCCAACUCGUGGACAUGAUCAAUGCUCUGAAUCCUACCACCGAGUUGGAGCGUGCUAAGGAGCUUUACAGAGAGCGAGCCAAGCUUGUCACCAAGGCCCUGAGAACUAUGGACCACAUCGAGGUUCUUUCCGAUCAUCUCGUCACGGUCAUGGGCCCCAUGAUGGACGCCAACUUUGACGAAAUCAGUGAUAUAGGCUAUACUCGGAUCAAUACUGACUGCUAG